AUGCUAUCCCGGUCUCCCUCUCCAGAGUUCUCGCCUCUAUCAAUCGGAGAAGACUUCACUCCUGUACCUACCUAUAAAGCUGCAUCAACCACUUUUAUCGAUCUCUCAAACUUGCUUGAACCUCCGCUACAACUCCACGAGGAUCUAAAAUCUGGUUGUGGCGGUCAAUUAUGGCCGGCCGGUAUGGUUCUGGCGAAGCAGAUGUUACGGUAUCACAGAAACUCCUUGAGAAAUGCUAGAAUUCUUGAAUUAGGCGCAGGCGGCGGACUGGUCGGCUUAGGCGUUGCUCUUGGCUGUUCUAUUGAUACGCCUAUCUACAUCACAGAUCAGGAGAAUAUGCUCUCUCUAAUGGGAAAAAAUGUUACUCUCAAUUCACUGCAGUCACGUGUACUGCCCCUAGUGCUGAACUGGGGUAAUCCAUUGCCGAAGGACAUCAUUGAACAGAAGCCCAACGUUAUCCUAGCAGCCGAUUGCGUGUACUUCGAGCCGGCUUUCCCAUUGCUUCUCGCCACGCUAGAAGAGCUUCUUGAACUGAGCAAGGAUGCGGUCAUUUUUUUCUGUUUCAAGAAGCGCAGGAGAGCAGACAUGCAGUUUAUGAAGAAUGCCAAGAAGAGAUUUGUCGUUGAGGAAAUCGAGGAUGAGGAAAGGGGGACAUUCUCUAGGGAGGGCUUGUUCUUAUACACCUUUAAACGAAGGCCAUGA